CCAAAAAAUAUUGAAAGUUUGAUAAAACUAGGAUUAAUCAUUCUUCUCAGCAGUGAACAUGAUUAGUGUUUGAACCGUCGGAGAAUAGUUAAAUUCGAGUUGCUUUCGAAAAAUGAGAAAAUGUUCGACCGACCGAGAUGCCGUGACUGGAGCCCCCUGUCUACUCAGCAGUUACGUCUGCGCAGUUUGAUUCAAAUUUCCGGACACAACAUCGAGUGCGAUCAGCCAAAAUGUUCCGUCUAUUUUACGUUGCACACGACCACCAUGUCGGCCCCGUUUUACACCAGCGAAAAAUUGGACAUCCACGCUAAUGUUAUUUGGCCGGAGAUUCACUGUCCAACGGUGAUUAAAUCUUCCCUGCGAUGUGUCUGCAUCCGCGUUUGGCAGCAUAGGUCUAAAAGUUCUGAAGCGCAGACGGCGGAAAAUACAAUUGCCAACGAUGAGGAGGACAAGCAACUGUUUCUGUGGGGAGUGUACUUUUCUGGGUUAAUUCCGGUGACCAGGCGUAGUGAGAAACGUCUUAAGAAGAAUACGCUGGUAUUCCAGUUGCAUGGUGGAUUUUUCACUUCUGCUGAAUACAUUCUGGACAGCGACGAACCUCCAGCGGUAGUUUCAAAAACACCAACUAAACUUGCUUGCGAUGGCAAGAAAUUAGGCUUACUUUCUGAUAAAUCUAACCUACUCUGUGAUAAUAGUGAUAAUGCUCCUCACGGCUGGUACGUUUCGAAUAAUCUGCUAAAUGUUCAGAACAGUCGAAACCCAUCCAAAGGAGAAACGGGCAACUCACCAUCUUCGUCAGGACGGUUAGCAGCAGAUGCUGCUGGUGGGCGUGCAUCCGUUAGCCCAACGCCCACCGAAGCAGAGACCAAUCUUAAAAUUCGGUACAUAUUAAUGGAAUUCUUGAAAUCAGAAAUUCGAACUGGCUACGACGUGAAACGGUUGCUCGCAGUACAGGAACGGCAGCGUCGAAUUAAGUAUGAAAGCGAAAGUGCAAAGGAAAUCACCGAUCGUAUUUGUAUGAAGAGUGCCUACUGUCUUAAUUUGGAUUUGUUCACCGAUAAACAGUUAGUUUAUCGAAGUUCUUCGUCUACUCUCCAGAAUAGAGGAGGCAUGGGCAAACAACUGAGCCGUCUACUCUAUCAAGAACGAGAGCCGCUGAAACCGGAAAUUCUGUUGAAAGCUCAGGAGCUACGGCGACAAAUUGAGCUGGCUCGAUUUCGGAGUCGUAUAUUGCAGCAAGAAAAGGAUCGCAUUCGAGGCAACAUUAGAAAAUUGCAGCAGAAACUCAGCACUAUGGUGGACGUGAAUAUCGAGAGCGAAUCGACGCUCAUGGCCAGCUAUCGAAACUACGGCAAAGAAAAGGAGAUCCUCUAUCAGCAAAAGCUAACGUACGCUAGUGAGAAGGAAAGUUAUCGAGAUCUGAGGACGAAAGUGCUAACGGCUAGACAUCGGCUGCUCCGGGGGUUGAACGAGAUUUAUUGUAUAAAAAAAAACGCCAAUGGUACUUGUACGGUAAACGAUGUGCCGCUGCCGAAUGCCGAAUCAUACACCGACGCAACACCGGCUUUGUCCUUGAGUGUCGCAUUAGGGCAUGUUGCCCAUGCUGUGAUGAUGUGUUCUUCAAUCUUAAAUAUUCCUGUUAGAAAUCCAAUUAAGUACGAAGGAUCACGAUCCAAAAUGGUCGACUCUAUAAAGGUUCUACCCACGGCAGAUCGAGAAUUUCCUUUAUACUGCCGCUCGGGACCACCGACAAACGCACUGCUGUACGCGGUGUUUCUCCUAAAUCAAAACAUCUCCCAACUAAAGUACCAUCUCUGUCUGAGUCGCGGUGAUCCACGUGCUACUCUAGCAAAUCUACACGAUAUCUUGAACGUUGCGUCGAUAAAUGUGCUUUGUCGCGAUAUUGAAGAACCGUUUCAAACCAUACAGCGAGUGUCGCUUUCCGGUUCAUCGUCAGUAGACCUGGAUGUUUCCAAUUCGUUCAACCAUCUUACAGUGAGCCCUCUAAAAGAAAGCAAAUCUGUCGCAAGAAUAUCACGAUCGGUAGAUAACUAUGGAGAUAGCGAGAAAAACGGCGACAAGCGUAACGGUAAGUUUGCAUCGGAUCCCAUUUUAACCCAAGGACAGUUGCAACUGAGUGGUUUUCCAAAAACUAAACAUUUUUGAAUUGCGAAAAAGAAAAAACAAACGGUAUCGAACAACUGUGGAGUUUUCUGAACGUAUUACUAUCAAGAAUUUAUUUAGGGGAAUUAUUUAUUCACAGACCAGAAAUCAGAUUCUUCGGGGGAGUAGCGCAGAGACUAUUAUGGUCUAUAAUAGAACACAGAAAUACG